AUGUCGGUCUCACCUUUCCUGCCUGGAAACAGCAUCUGGUCUAACAAUGCCUCUCAGAACGGGAUCGGCGCAUCCGGUGCGGAUCAACAGAGCGGCCUUGGUGCAGGCACGCCGCUAAACACCGCAUUGGAACGCGGCGAAUCCUCGCGUGUCGGAACUCAUCCGUUGCCCAACAAGCCUGGCGCACCUGCUCGCUCCAACUCUGCCAUCUCUGCCAGGAGCAGUGCAAAUAUAGCCGUGGAUGAUUCCGUUAGAUCUGUUGACUCUGCUAUGACUAAUGCGGUACCUCGGGCUGGGGUUAUAGGCGGCACUCGGACCAGCGCUGUCUCCAGCAGUCAUGGCCAGAAGCAAGCGGAGGUCAGCCGAUCCAACAGUUUCGCCGCUUCGACGCAAAGCUUCCGUUCAGCCAACUCGCGUUCGCCUUUGCCAGGAUCUAUGCAUGCGCAGGUUGGCCUCUCAGUACCUGUCCGAUCGCCGUCUCUCCAUGAAAACGGGGCCGGUUCGCACGAUCGAAACAAUACCAGUGGCGAAUCAGAGUUUGGCACUCCGAGACUCUUCCUCGAUGCGCAGCACACUUUCGACCAGGACGAUCAGGUGGCAGCUCUGUCCUUUGGCCGGUCUCCCUCUACGCUCAGCCACGAUGUAUCAAGCUCCAAUUUUGGCAGACCUCGGCCAAGCUCUUGGGUGCAUCCUUCUAGCCGCGACGUUUCCGCCUCUGCCUCGGCAAGACCAGUCAGCAGCCAAGGCAACCAUGUUUCCGUUUCCCCUUUGGCUUCGCACAGUAUCGACACUGAUGCUGCCUUUGGAGGUCUCGACCUCGCGUCAAAACGCCCAUCCUCGGCUCAAUUCAACCACGGGCCCGUGGACCCGUCUCUCAAGUCGGCAUUUGACAACCAGCUGGGGCACACAAGUUAUCAUAUCUCUCCUAGCUUGAAUUCAGGCUCGUUGGGACGGAGCGGCCGUUCGGACAUAGCAUUAGCAGCAGCAACAGCAGCAGCUGGUCGUAUGACUCCAACAUUGGCGGUUCCAUCCUAUAUGAAUCUGUCCGGUGGCUUACUCUCGCCUACAGCAGCGACGAUCGGAAACGGUGGUCCUUCCAUCGCCCAUUCGCCCGUCGGAAGCCCGCUUAGCGGCUCGGGCUUUCCGAACCAGCCGCCUCUUCGCUCCGUUUCUGCAGGCUACAUCUUGGACAAGCCUACAGGCCCUUUUGAAGAGGCCACAGUCGAGUCAGCCGUAAUCAAAGACAUGCUCGAACGUCUGACGCGAGUAGAGAGUGGCAUGAAGGACUUCUCACGCCAGAUCUCGGGCAUUUCUCGAAAUGUUUCGCUCCUGCUCGAGCGUACCAAAGCACUCCCUCCAUCAAGUCUCUCCAACAGCGGAGCAAACCUCACGCAGGGCGCAGCGGCAGCGGGAGGCUACACAACCGAGGAAAUGCGCUCGCUCAACGCCCAAGUUAGUGCUCUGGCCAACAGCGUCUCUCACCUGCUGACACUACAGAGUAACGGUCUAGGCAGCGCUGUACCCCCUUCGACACCUUCGCUUACAGGUUUGGGCCUUGGAUCGACGGGCGGAAUGCUAGGAACGCCCCAAUUGGGAGGUCCAGGCGCUCUCGAGCGCGCUGCUUCGCCUCGUGUUGGCAGCAAUCCCAACGGAUCAUUCAAUACAGGCCCCAAUGGGUCGUUUGCGUCCUUGAACACGCUCAGUCCACGUCCCUCAGGUAACAAUCGAGGCUGGAGCGGACCCAACGUUCGGGGACAAGACCACGGCGCGGAUCGACGUUGGAACUCAUCCGGCCAGAGCGGUAACGCCCGCGGCCAAGGUCCUAGUCAAGCCGGCAGUACAACUGGAGCAGGUCCAAACCUCGACGAGGCCGCACCUGGCACAACCAACGCAGCUCAGGCUGGCACUGGUAUGAUCCAACCCAACGCGGUUGUGUCCAAGUGGGAGCAUCUCAAUCUGCAUCCUGACUUGCUGCGCUCCAUUCUCAAGUAUGGCCUCGGACCGCCAAACAAGAUCCAGCAACGCGCCUUGCCCUUCCUUCUGCGGGGAAGCGAUAUCAUCGCCCAAGCUCCGCCCACACAGGAAAGGAUCGCAUCGUAUGUCAUUCCUUCGUUGCAACUGGUUCUCAACGUCCUCAACGAAACUGGCGGCCCCGGACAGACUGCGUCCAACCGUGGUCCGAUUGCACUGAUCGUGUCGACCACCGUUGAUCAGGCAACCCAGGCGCAGCGCAUGGCUUUGGGUCUUGGCGCCCCUCUUGGCAUCCGUGUGCACAUGGUCGCGGCCAGCUGCACUGACGUUCACCACGAGGCCCAAUCGCUCGUUCAGGCAUGGCCACACGUUGUAGUUGGCACCCCGCAGAAAAUGAGCGAGCUGUUCACUUACAUGACCAACAACGCUUCCUCUCUGCAUGUCCACGGCAAAGGGCCAGGAAGCGCUACAAUCAAGCCAAACGAGGCACGAAUCGUGGUUUUGGACGAGGUAGAUCAGCUCAUUGCUCGAAACCUAGCUGAUCACGUUAGCACAAUGCUUCGAGUACUGCCUUUGCCAACUGUGAGUGCAAAUACGGCCAGAGAUGCUGGAGGCCUCAGCCCAGGGUUGCCUCAAGGUAGCGGCAACACAAUCUUUGCGCCGUUCGAAAAGCCGAACGAGAACCUGGGAAGCUCUACAAGCGCAGCAGCCACAAUCGAUCGACAGGUCGCACUCUUUUCGAACACCGUGCCCCAGGAUGUGCUAAACUUUGCACAGUCGAUUCAUCUUCGCGAAUCGGUGCGCGUGCUUGUUCGUCGUGAUGGUGCAGGCACGGCUGGUGGCGGCACUACUAUGCAGUCGGGUCCAGGCGGCUCAUUCACCAAGGGAGGACCUCAUGGCCUAGGCUCAGCCAUGCAGACCAUGAGCUCUCAGCGCGACGUUUCGCAGCCCACCAAUGCUCUUGGUGCGCAUCCAGUCAACUCGAGCAUCAGCACAGCCAAGGAUCCCAUGAUGUCCGCGUUGAAGGGUCUGCGACAGUACUAUCUCUAUGUAGCUGUGACCUCGAACGGCGGCAUGGGUACAGCAAGCCCGAUCCCGGGUCUUUCUCACAAUCCUGCCGGGGAGAUGAAGCUCGACCUGAUCUCGGAUCUGCUCGAAGACAUUGACUUUGGCCAGACAGUCAUCUACUGCGCCAACAUUGCAACGCAAGAAGCGCUCAUCUACAAGCUCUCAUCCAAAGGCAUUGAAGCGCUGGGUCUGAACCGCGACAUGAACUCGUACACGCGUCAACAGACGCUGGCAAGAUUCCGGUCGCCCACUUCACAGUUUGGGACCAACUACAAUGUCGCCAGCAGCGCUACAUUUGCCACGCCGGGAGGGUACGGCGGCAACAACACAAACAGUCGUCCAUGCAAGGCGCUUGUGGUGUGCGAGCUAGCCGUCAACCCCAAAGAAGUGCAUCAGAUUCCGCUCGUUGUGUUCUACGACAUGCCUCGCUCUGUCGAGGAGUACAAGGACAAGAUCAGUUGCGCUGCCGCUGGGGGUAUGGCAAGGCCUAGCGUGUGUGUGAAUGUCGUCACCGCCUCAGGUGGGCCUAGAGGCGAUGUCGAGAUGCUUAGGACACUCGAGUGCCAUCUUGGGUGUAAGAUGGCGGAGCUGCCUAUGGAUCCGAAGCAGAUCCUCAACUUUUGA